AUGAGGAAACUGAAAUUAUCUUUGAUAGCUGAUGAGAGAUCCAGAAAAACAACAUUCAUGAAGAGAAAGAAAGGGAUGAUAAAGAAACUCCACGAGUUGACAACUCUUUGUGGUGUCCAAGCUUGUGGGGUAAUCUACAGUCCAUACCUACCGGCACCAGAGGUUUGGCCGUCAAAAGAAGGCGUAGAAGAGGUGGUCACAAAGUUCAUGGAGAUGCCGAUGGCAGCGAAGACCAAAAAGAUGAUGAAUCAAGAUACUUAUUUGCGGGAGCAGAUUACCAAAACAAAAGAGCAAGUAGAAAAACUUACUUCUGAGAAUCGGGAUUUAGAGGUUAAACAGUUUAUGUUUGAUUGUCUUGAAGGAAAGAUGUUGGAGUAUCGUUAUGGUGCAAAGGACCUUCAUGAUUUGCAUUGUUAUAUUAAUUAUUAUAUUGAGCAGCUUACUCGAAGGAUGAAAAUUCUUGAAGAAAAUGGUGAGUCUUCUUCUUUUCCUCCUCUUUCUGUUGGAGCUGCAGAUCUAGAUCCACUAGCUAUUGCAGAUUUUCCUGUUAAUGUGAAUGCAUCUGCGAUAAGUGUUGCUAGUGAGUUUUUUGAUCAUAUUCAAUACCAGAAUAUGAAUAUGAAUCAAAAUCUGCAGGAACCGGUUCAAAAUCUACAGGAACCGGUUCAAAAUCUACAAGAAUCAGUUCAGUAUCUGCAGGAACCAGUUCAGUAUCUGCAGGAACCAGUUCAGUAUCAGCAGGAACCAGUUCAGUAUCUGCAGGAAUCAGUUCAGUAUCUGCAUGAACCAGUUCAGUAUCUGCAUGAACCAGUUCAAUAUCUGCAGGAACCAGUUCAGUAUCAGCAGGAACCAGUUCAAUAUCAGGCUUUUCCUGAUCGUAAUGGUCAUAUUCAAGAAGAAGUUUACAAUAACAUGACUUGGAAUCCUAAUAUGAAUUUGGAUUUGAGUCAUAACUUGAAUUUGAAUUUAGAUCUGAAUUUAAGUCAGUAUCUGAAUCAAGAAAAUUCAUUCAAGGAUAUGAUGGUGGAACAAAAUGUGGGAUAUGCUGGAGGAUAUGCUAGAAUUCCUUUCAUAGAUGGAAACCACUCUAACUACCAUCAACAACCAACUGUUGAUCUUGAUAUCACCAAUCACAUGCCUUUCAUCACAUCAUCUACCACCUCUACUCUCGGUGCUUAUGCUUCUUACAAUAACAGUUAUAUGUAAUCAAUGAAGCAUAUU